UCCUCUUUUCCUGCUGCCUUCCAACUUGCCUAGUAUUAUUGUCUUUCCCAGAGAACCCUACUUUCUCAUGUUCUCGGAGUAGAUCAGCCUCUGUUUCAUCAUUUUUGCCACCAGAGAUAGCCAUCCCAUAACAUUCUCUUUCUUAUAGUGUGGGAAGAAAGAAAAAACAACCCACUUCUUAAAAUGGAUGGAGUCCCAAGAAAAUGUCACCUCUGAUCACACGGAGAACUGGGUGACUUGGAAGUCACUUAAUAGAGUCCAGCACUUCCUUGCUAUUCGCUUGCCUCACAGAACAGCUGAAAUUGACCGCUGGGGCAACAACAACUGUUCCCAGUCAUAGUAUGUCUUGUUGCUCAUGAGCAUUACCAUCCCAACUUCUGCCACUGGUGGAACCUGCAGAAUGGGGAGCAGUGGUUCGGCUCUGAAAGUCUGCACAGAACACCAGGGAGGUAUCAACUGGCUCAGCCUCAGUCCAGAUGGGCAGUGGCUACUGACAGGCAGUGAAGACGGCACUGCGCGGCUUUGGAGCACAGCUGACAGCCAAUGCCGGGCCCAUUUUCAAGGGCAUGAAAGCUACAUCACCUUUUGCCAUUUAGAAAAUGAAGUUGCAUUCACAUGUAGUGCAGAUCACACCAUCAGAAAGUGGGAUGUGAUGACGGGUCAGUGCCUAGCCGUUUACCGAGGGCACACUUCAAUUGUGAAUAGGAUUCUUGUUUCGAAAGAUUAUCUCUUCAGCGGCUCCUAUGACAGGACAGCCCGUUGCUGGAGCGUGGAUAAAGAGAAUCCAAUCCAGGAAUUCCGGGGCCACCGGAACUGUGUUCUGACCCUGGCUCUCUAUUCCUCAAAAGAUGUUCUCCAAGAUUCAGAAGAGGAAGAGUUGGAGGAGGAGAAACUGAGCCAGGACUUCCUCGUGACAGGGAGCACAGACUGCACUGUCAAAGUCUGGUGGGUGUCCAGCGGGCGUUGCCACCAGACCUUGAUGGGACACACUGGGGCAGUUUUAUGUCUCAUACUUGACGCUCCAAAUAGGGAGCUCUUUUCGGGCAGCACUGAUUACACUAUUCGGACUUGGAACAUUGUGACUGGCGAGCAGCUGAGAGUGUUCAAAGAACAUCAAGGAUCUGUCAUUUGCUUAGAGCUUGUGAAUCGUUGCUUGUAUUCAGGGAGUGCAGACCGGACAGUGAAAUGCUGGUUGGCUGAUACUGGGGAACGGAUCCGGACAUAUAAGGCUCACAAGCACAGCGUCAGCACUUUGAAAUACCAUGCUGGGAUAUUGUUUACAGGAAGUGGUGAUGCGUGUGCACGAGCAUUUAAUACAAAGACCGGCAUCUUGCAGAGAGUUUUUCGAGGACACAAGCUGGUUAUUAACUGCAUCCAGAUCCACAAUGAAUUAUUGUACACAGCUUCCCACGAUGGCACACUGAGGAUCUGGGACAUACGGCAGAUCUACAAGCGGAACAAGCGUCGCUGGAAGGAGAGGUCUCUCCAGGGCAGGCGCUCUCCGAAGGGAAGCCUGUCUCGCCUCUUCAACAACAAAGUGGGGUGCAUGGUGCACCAGGAAAACGGAGGAGAGCAGGAGGCCGUGGAGCUCGUCUGAUGGAUGGACAAGGGUCAGAGAAUGGGCGGCUUUCUGCCAGCAGCAGAGGGUGUGCCGGAACCCUGUGUGACCUAGCGGGCCAAAUGCAGCCCGUGUGGGGAAGCCCUGGCGUUGCCAAGGACCUGGCAGUGCAUGUACACAGCUGGUGGACUACUGUGCCCAACGUACUCAGAGUUUGUACAUGUUAUUUAUGUGGACUAAAUUUCCCAGAAUCCACCAGUCAGCCUGGCUAACGGACG